GGGAGAGAGAGAGACAUCUGCAGCAGCAGAGAGGAGGAGGAGGAGGAAAGGUGGGAGAGGAAGGAGGAGGAGUAGAAAGAGGAGAUGGAAAACAAGUUUGAAAGAAGAAGACAGAGGUUCCAGCGGCCGGUUCGAGCACACAGGGAAUAAGCGGCUCUGCGAACAGCAACGAGAGACUGUGCGCGCGGGGAUUUGCACUGCUGCCGGGGAGCCGCUGGGCACGCGCCUGCUCCUGUGUGUGUGUGUGCGUCGUCGGGCGGAUUCCACGCGCGUGACCCCACGAUGAGGAGCGACCCUGUGAUGUUCACUUCCAGCCGGGCGAUGGAGGAGCUGGUGUGUGAGCUUCGUCUGUUCCUGGACCUGCUGGACAGGGAGUACCUGAGUGCCGGGGUCCGAGAGAAGAAGAUGCACCUCUCCAAAAUCCUCCACAGAGUCCUCUCGGACAAAGAGCCUUCAUUCAAGUCAGAGAUCCACAGCGGUCUGCCGGCCCCCCCCCAGAUGCCCCUCCCUGCGAUCCCGCAUCCCUGGCUGUCUUCAAACAACGGCCCCCCUCCCCUGCCCAGCUCCUCUCUGCCCGAAGGCUACUAUGAGGAAGCGGUCCCUUUAAGCCCUGGGAAAGCUCCUGAGUACAUCACCUCCAACUAUGACUCCGACGCCAUGAGCAGCUCCUACGAGUCGUACGAUGAGGAAGAGGAGGAUGGGAAGGGCCAGAAGAUGCGUCACCAGUGGCCGUCUGAGGAAGCGUCCAUGGAUCUGGUGAAGGACUCCCGCAUCUGUGCAUUCCUGCUGCGCAAGAAACGCUUUGGCCAAUGGACCAAGCUUCUCUGUGUCAUCAAAGAUAACAAACUGCUGUGUUACAAGUCCUCCAAAGACCACACCCCUCAGAUGGAGCUGAGCCUGUCUGGGUGCAGCAUCACUCACAUCCCCAAGGACGGCAAGAAGAAGAAGCAUGAGCUGAAGAUCGUCCACCAGGGGGCGGACGCCCUGGUGCUGGCUGUGCAGAGCAAAGAACAGGCCGAGGAAUGGCUCAAGGUGAUGCGAGAGGUCUGUGUUAAUGGAAGUGUAGACUUGGAUGGGGCUGGAUCUGGAUCGCCCGUGCACAGACCAGAACUGGAAAAGAAGUCCUCCUGUGACAGGCCGAGCUCCGACGGAGAGGCGGUCCACGAGAACGGACACAGCGACUGCAAGGACCAAGGAAAAGGGAAGAAGAACUCAAAGUCGGAGAACAAGACAGGGACGGUGGGGAAGGGUGCAGGGAAGAAGAUUACUAAGAUCAUCGGCCUUGGGAAGAAGAAGCCGUCGACGGAUGAGCAGACCUCGUCGGCAGAGGAAGACGUACCCACAUGUGGCUACCUGAACGUGUUGUCCAACAACCGCUGGCGGGAGCGCUGGUGCCGCCUGAAGGACAACCAGCUGCUCCUCCACAAGGACCGGGACGACCUGAAGAGCCACAUCGCCUCUCUUCCGCUGCGAGGCUGCGAGGUCAGCCCCGGCCUCGACCACAAGCACCCCUUCGCCUUCCGCCUGCUCCGCAACAGCCAAGAGGUGGCGGUGCUGGAGGCUUCCUCCUCUGAGGAGUUGGGUCGCUGGUUGGGGGUUUUAUUGGCUGAGACUGGUUCCACCACUGACCCAGCCACUCUGCACUAUGACUACAUCGAUGUGGAGACCACUGCCAACGUCAUCCAGCUGGCCAAGCAGUCCUUCUGUUUCACCAGUAAGCGUGCUGUCUCACCUAACCCAUACCUGGACAACCCAGUCAACGGCUACGCCUGUCCCACUGGAAUGGCUCUGCAUUAUGAUGAUGUCCCCAUUAACGGAAUGGAACCCGAGGCGCUGCACUCCAGUCCCAGCACAGGGGGGCGCCAGCUGAAAGGGGAGAUGCACUAUGAGAAUGCUGAGCUCUAUGAUAACAUUCCCUCACCCAAGCUGGCCUCUCGCUGUCCUCCCAAGCCCUCUUCCUCUCCUGCUUCCUCUUCCUCCAAGUCUGCUGGUCACUACAAAACCCCUGUUUCUAAAGUCUCCUCUAAACUCCUCCCUGCUGAUACUAAAACUAAAGCCACUGCUCAGCUGAAGGGAAAGAAGGGUGCAGCGACCAAUGGGGUGGCAUCAAAACAGAAGGCGGAGCCCAAGAACCAGUCCAAGAAGAGUGGAGUCAAUGGGACCAAUGGGACGGCCUCUCUGAAACGCAACAACUCCAAUGCAGAGCAGUGCAAGUACGGGAAGAACCGUGUGGAGGCCGACGCCAAGCGGCUGCAGGCCAAGGAGGACGAGCUGAUGAAGAAGAAGCAGGAGAUCAGGAGCCAUCUGACGCAGCUGAAGAAGGAGAGGACAGACCUGCGCACUGCUGUGGAGGCUGCUGCCGGCAAACGCUCUCAUGGUUCCCUGUCGGAGCGGCUGAAGAAGGUGGAGGAGCAGUGUCGGCAGAAGGAGGAGGAGAGGGUGAAUCUGGAGUUGGAGCUGACAGAGGUGAAGGAGAGCCUGAAAAAGGCGUUGAGCGGAGGGGUCACUCUGGGCCUCACCAUCGAACCAAAAACCGGCUCCUCUGGCCUCCAGUCACCGGCAAUGCUGCGACGGACACAGGAGUCGUCUUCCUUCUCCAGCUGCGAGACCAGUGACACAGAGUCCUGCUCCCUGCCGGUCAACAGCGCGUCGCUGCUCCGCCGGCAGCAGGCUGGUCAGAAGGCCUCCACAGUUCGGGGACACGUCCUCAGAAAGGCCAAGGAAUGGGAGCAGAAGAGCGGCACAUAAACCUCUCACCCCCUCACAUCACUCUUUCUUUCAUUCCUUUGUUUUCUUUUUAAAAAUAUUGUCUAUAUAUUUAUUUAAAUUACAGUCCGGGGGGUGUUGAGGAGGACACAGUCAUUCACAGGAACUAAACAAGGGGCUGCUUUUAGUAUACUGUAAGUACCACAGCAUACAGACAUAGCAAACCUUUCCAACCCUUAUUCUAUCGAGCCUGCUUAGUAAACUAAGUUGUGCAACGUUUGUUGUUCGCUGCACUUUUCUUUUUCAAGCAAACACCUUGUGUUGUUUUAUUUCAAUUCAGAAUCUGUUCCAGCAGUUUGGCUUGAAAAGGAUCUAAAGUCAAAACCAAGUAUUUAUUUGUAAAUGUUUAAAGGAAACACUACCUUCCCUUUGUUUAUUUAUGUUGAUAUAUUUAAGGUUUUUUUUUCUUUUGUAGAAUUUGUUGCAAACAGAGGUCACGUUUUGAGGGUCAGAAUAAUCGUGACACACACCAGCUGAGAGUAACGGCACAGCUCCGUGCUAAAGGGCUAUUUCAAGAAGCAGAAUUCUCCUCAGCAUCAUUCAGAUAACAUUCCCCUUAUGAAACCACAUUCAAAUUCACUAGAUCUAUAUUUUCAGUUGGAUCUGAAACAAAUUGUACUCAUAGAUCAGUUUCCCUAAAUGUCUUUUUUUUUCCAUCAAAACUCAUGAACCCAGAGCAUCAUGGAAAAUAAGAACCUGUGCCUGAUAGAAGCUGUUCAGGGAAACAGCAUUUAUGUGUAUUCUGCAGUAAUUCUGGAUUUAAGGAGGAUAAAACUUCUUUUGACAAAAGAACAAUAUUAUUUUUUUUUUAAUUUGCCAAUAAGUCAAAGGUCCUGUUGGCCUAGAUUCAAACUGGGGACUUAUUGUUCCAUGCACAGGUGCCUACGGAUGCCGAUUAAAAUGUAUUAAUAUAUAAAACGAAAAUAUAAAUAUUACCAAAUAUGUAGAACUUAACUUAAGAAAAUUAAUUCUUAUAUAUUAAAUAAAAUCCACAUGAUUUGUGCUUGUAAAAUAACAGUUCUCAUUUCGGUAACAAUAAAUUGUAGAGAGAGCGAACGGUGCCCCCCCCCCCCCCAAUUUAGAAUUAACAGAAAUACAUUUCCCAUUCAUUUUCUCUAUUGACGUUUCACAGAGAGUGAAGGAACUACACAUCCCAUAAACCAUUGCAAAAUAUCCCUUUCCCAGUGUUUUGCUUCUUAAAUGUAACCUUGUUGUUAAUAUAGUGUUACAAUAAAUUAUGGUUUGUGUCUUGUAUGUAUGUAUAUAGUGUGUUAUAUAGUGUGUAGUGUAGUGACCUAGUGCUAAGCUAGCUCCUGUCUCUCCUUUUCAUAGUCUUCAGUACGUGACCGGACUUGACAAACUAGACGAUCCGGUCAUCUGGUAAAAAGUUUAACUCUGACCCAGCUCUGGUUGUAUUCGUCUGACAUGUCUGACAUAUUCAAAAACAUGAUUUGUUUUGUGAUCAGAGUGUCUUUCCAUGAAUACUGUUUCUUAACAAAUAAUAUUAUUCAGUAGGAAAUAGGUUCAAAUAAAACCAUUAGUAGAAUACCAUUAGAUACAACUAUUUGAACCGCCCGCCUUAAUUUUCACAUCUAUAUUUUCUGGACCUGCAGGUGUGACUGAAUAGGAUACGACUUGAAAGUGUUAUAAUAGUGAUUUAUUCAUAACAAAUUCAUAUUCACCAUCGGCCCAGUUCAGAAAAAUACAAUCACUUCUCACUUCAACAGAAAAUCAAGAGAACAUAACGUCCUACCGAUUAAUGAAGACAAGUUAGCUUUAAAGUAGUCAGACAGUAGCUGCAGCUUUAGCAAGCAAAUGUCCAUGUUAAAACAAAGCAAAUAUAAACCGUUUGAUUAAUGGCUCACUACCUGCCAAUAACUAAAACAUGUGGUUUCCAUGUGGUUUCCAGCCAGUGCAGCUUUAAUCACACUGUCUUACAGUCGCCUCGAGUAAUUGUGCUUCUUCAAAUAGCCCCUUAGUUUGACCAUUGGAUUGGAUUUCAAACUGUGUGUGCGUGUGCGUGUGCGUGUCGGAAGGUUAGGUCAGGCCAGGCAUGGGCGUGGCUUCCCUUACAUUUGGCGUUUCCAACGGAAAAACUCAGAAGCCUUAACUGACAUGGCGACUCGCUCCUCUGAGGUCCAGUCCAGCGCCUGUGAUCACACCACUGCUUUGUGUGUGUGUGUGUGUGUGUGUGUGUGUGUGUGUGUGUGUGUGUGUGUGUGUGUGUGUGUGUGUGUGUGUGUGUGUGUGUGUGUGUGUGUGUGUGUGUGUGUGUGUGUGUGUGUGUGUGUGUGUGUGUGUGUGUGUGUGUGUUUCUAUAUGUGUGUGUGUGCGUGCAUGAGCUCGAAUGUCUCCAAGGCACAUUCCAAACCCAUCAACAGUACACUGAAUGAAACAGGGAUAAUCGCUGUAAACUCUAAAUUGUCUUCUACGGAAGACUGUGACUUCCUUACACACACACACACACACACAAACACAAACAAACACA